UUUCAUUGUAUUUCAGGUUUCUGCAUUUAAUGCCUGUUACUCAGAUUCUGGACUCUUUGGGAUUUAUACUGUCUCACAGGCUGCAGCUGCUGGAGAUGUUAUCAAGGCUGCCUAUAACCAAGUAAAAACAAUUGCUCAAGGAAACCUUUCCAGUACAGAUUUCGAAGCUGCCAAGCUGCAAAGAAGUUUAUUUCUGGCCAGAAGUCAAUGGCAGCGAGUGGAAAUUUGGGACAUACACCUUUUGUUGAUGAAUUGUAAUCCUGAAGCACAUGUUAAAGGAGAAAGGUUAACAUUCUCUCACUCCAGAGCAGCAAACAUGUGAAAGCCAGAAGUCACUGAUGUAACGUUUAUCUUUUUUUCAGUGAGGUAAAAAUACCUUAAAGCAUAAAUGAGUGUAAUUAUUUUCAGCUGACCUAAAGUCAAUAAAACAUUCUACUUAAAUGUGGGGGUUUUUUUGCAUUUUCCAAAUCACUUAAUAAACAAAUAUUUAUUACAUGCUGA